AUGCCCUCGGCCCAGGAGCCCUUCCCGCCCGCCGUGGCCGCGGUAGGCCGCUCCUCCCUGGGGAAGCCACAGCUCCAACCCCCAAGGCUCACUCAACGCCUCCUGUCCGCCGGGGUGGCCGGCAGGCCGGAGUCACGUUCUGAUGUGGUUUCUCCUUUGCAGAAAUCCCCCUACAAGAGUCCAACCCACAUUGCUCAGCAACAGGAACCCUGGCGUCGGCUCAGCGUAAUUCCCACCUUCACCUCCACGAGGCGGGAAACAUAUUUAUUUGAUCCCAAGAUACCAAAGGAUGACCUGGAUUUCCGCUUAUCAGCCUUGUACAACCACCACAACGGGCUAUUCAAGAACAAAACUGAGGUACUGUUCCACAAGGAGAGCAGCCAGGAUACCAAAGGGGUCAAGAGCCAGUUCCCUGGACAGUGCGUACCCCUUCCUCCUCCUCCCAGCACCACUUCGCUAGGUAACAUCAGACACUGGAUCAACCCUCAGAAGGAGUCCAUCCACAGCAUCCAGGGCUCCAUAGUGUCCCCUCACACGGCAGCUACGAAUGGAGGCUACUCACGGAAGAGUGACGGUGGCUUCUUCUCCACCUAGUGGUGACAAGCUCCUGAACUAACCAUGGGACACCCAGCCACACAACUCCAUUAAAUAUGUUUGUUCAAGAAGCA